AUGUUCAAUGACCGAGGACCAUGUGGAGUGCGCGAGCACGAGCACGAGUCCAUCUCUGACGGUGGGCAGAGAAGUACUAAAGUCAAUCAUACCAGGUCAUAUCAUACCCGUAUCAAUGAGGAUGUAUCUCCAGCGAAUGAUAAUUGUGACACGAACGAUACCGAACUAGUGCGAUCAACAAGCCAAUAUCAUUCUGACGACAACGAGGUUCGGAAUAUAGUCGAGAAAGCUGCAGCAAAGAUCCGGAGAGGAUUGAGGAAUCUUGGAAGAGCUAGUAUCUUGCCAUUGAUUUCGAGCGACUCGAAAGCAUUAAACAACAAUGCGGAGUAUUACGAACAAUAUUUCUGGACCCAAGCAACGGCGGAAACUGUUCAGACACUCCAAUGGUUCAAUCGUUUUUUUGCGUCUUGUUUUGGACUGAUCCGUAUAGGUUUGGAGGCUGAAUGUAGAACAGACAGCCAUCCUAACGUAAGUGUGCGAUACUGGUGCUUGGAUAUUGUGACGCUUACCGAAAUGCAGGCUGUUGACAAAUUUGCGGCCGAUUAUCGAACGAGGAAAAACUGGCAAACAGCUGCUGAAGUCAUCAAUUCCUUAGUAAAUUGCCUUUUGAAAAUCUGGGGUUGGAAGGCUUUUCUUGUAUAUUCAGCUUUGGAAUGUACGUCGAAUGGAUAUUGUGGAUUGAAGCAUGUUCUAAUUUCGUGA